UCACUCCUCUUCAUAAUUCGAUCACUAGCUCAUUCCUCAACUCCUCAAAAUCAUAAUGGAUCCAUCCGAGCAGAAUUCAUUUUCCGUGGAAAAAUCUUCAGAGAUUUCAUCAGGUCCCUACACAAGUCCGCCACCGCCAAUUGGUUAUCCGACUAGAGAAGCGAUGGUGGGUGAUCCUCCGGCAGUAGCAGUGGAAACAACGUCCAAGGGCGUGAGCGACGCAACCUUAAAAAUAACAGAGUGUAUUCAAAAAUGUCUUUGUGGUUGCCUGGACGGGUUAGGUAGCGUAUGAGACGAAGUCGUCGACCAAACCAGAAAAAAAGAUCCAUCAAUAUAUUUAUUUUGAGUUCAUAAUAAGAGUCUCAAAAAUAAAUAUAAAUAUCUAUAUAUAUAUAUAUAUAUAAAUUGUAUGUUUUUUAAUCCGUUUGUAAGGACUCCCACGUUGUAUUUUUUUGUAAGUUUAUUUGCUUCACUGUUUGAAAGGGAUCAAUGAUCCCCAUUAUAUUUGUUUUUGUGUAUCUUGUUUCAAUAUAAAUCAAAGAAAAAUAUGUGUUAUAUAGU